UUGGGCUCUCAGAGCUGUGAUUGGUCGGUCCGGACUCCGCCUCCAGCGCAUGUCAUUAGCAUCUCAUUAGUUGUCCGCUCUGGCUCCGGAGGAAGCCGCCGCCGCCAGUCUGAGGCAGGUGCCCGACAUGGCGAGUGCUGUGCUGCCGAGCGGAUCCCAGUGUGCGGCGGCGGCGGCGGCGGCGGCGGUGGCGGCGGCGCCUCCCGGGCUCCGGCUUCGGCUUCUGCUGUUGCUUCUCUCCGCCGCGGCACUGAUCCCCACAGGUGAUGGACAGAAUUUGUUUACGAAAGACGUGACAGUUAUCGAGGGAGAAGUUGCGACCAUCAGCUGCCAAGUCAACAAGAGUGACGACUCUGUCAUUCAACUACUGAAUCCCAACAGGCAGACCAUUUAUUUCAGGGACUUCAGGCCUUUGAAGGACAGCAGGUUUCAGCUGCUGAAUUUUUCCAGCAGUGAACUCAAAGUGUCGCUGACAAAUGUCUCCAUUUCUGAUGAAGGAAGAUACUUUUGCCAGCUCUACACCGACCCCCCACAGGAAAGUUACACCACCAUCACAGUACUGGUCCCACCCCGUAAUCUGAUGAUCGAUAUCCAGAAAGACACUGCCGUGGAGGGUGAGGAGAUUGAAGUCAACUGCACUGCCAUGGCCAGCAAGCCGGCCACGACCAUCCGGUGGUUCAAGGGCAACAAGGAGCUGAAAGGCAAAUCGGAGGUGGAGGAGUGGUCGGACAUGUACACCGUGACCAGUCAGCUGGUGCUGAAGGUGCGCAGGGAGGACGAUGGCGUGCCCGUCAUCUGCCAGGUGGAGCACCCCGCCGUCACGGGCAGCCUGCAGACCCAGCGCUACCUAGAAGUGCAGUAUAAGCCUCAAGUGCACAUUCAGAUGACUUACCCUCUACAAGGCCUAACCCGGGAAGGGGACGCGCUUGAGUUAACCUGCGAAGCCAUCGGGAAGCCCCAGCCCGUCAUGGUGAGCUGGGUGAGAGUCGAUGACGAAAUGCCCCAGCACGCCGUGCUGUCCGGGCCCAACCUCUUCAUCAACAACCUGAACAAAACAGAUAACGGGACGUACCGCUGCGAGGCCUCAAACGUGGUGGGGAAGGCCCACUCGGACUACAUGCUGUACGUAUACGAUCCCCCCACAACUAUCCCUCCUCCCACAACAACCACCACCACCACCACCACCACCACCACCAUCCCUACCAUCAUCACAGACGCCACGGCGACGACAGAACCCGCAGUUCACGGCCUUACUCAGUUGCCCAAUUCCGCAGAAGAGCUGGACAGUGAGGACCUCGCAGAUUCCCGAGCAGGCGAGGAAGGCUCCAUCCGGGCAGUGGACCACGCGGUGAUCGGCGGUGUCGUGGCCGUGGUGGUGUUCGCCAUGCUGUGCUUGCUCAUCAUUUUGGGGCGCUAUUUCGCGAGGCAUAAAGGUACAUACUUCACUCAUGAAGCCAAAGGAGCCGAUGACGCAGCAGACGCAGACACAGCUAUAAUCAAUGCAGAAGGAGGACAGACCAACUCGGAAGAAAAGAAAGAGUACUUCAUCUAGAGCAGCUUUUUGUUUCCAUGAGGUGUCCCGCUGCCCUAUUUAGACGAUAAAGAGACAGUGAGAUUGGAACUUGCGAGAAAUUCGUGUGUUUUCUUAAGAAUGGGUGGCAAGGUGCGAGACUGGGAGGCUUGGGGUUUGCUGUAUAAAAAAUGUUCUUUGAAAGUACACUCUGCUGUUUGACACCUCUUUGUUCGCUUGCUUUAGUUUUUUGAAUUUUUAUUUCUUCCUACCAAGUCAAACUUGGCCGCUUGGAUUUAGUUUGGGUAGAUUGCAGAAAAUUCUGUGCCUUGUUUUUUGUUUGUUUGUUGUGUUCUUUUUUUUUUUUUUUUUUUUUUUCUUUUUCUCUGUGCGCAUUUAUUUUUCCCCAAAACAUUGAUUCCCCCCCCCCCAAAAUCUCCCAUUUUGGAUUUUGCCUGCUGGGAUUCCUUAGGAUCUUUUCCCCCUUGUUUUGCUCUUGUUUUUACUUUUUUUGUUUAUUGUUGAAGUAACUGCUUUCUGUUCAAAUUUCAGUUUCAUAGAAGGAGAACCAGCACAGCUUAGAUUUCAUAGUUCGGAAUUUAGUGUAUCCAUAUGCAUUCUUCUCUGUUGUUGUAAAGAUUUGGGUGAACAAACAAUGAGAACUCUUUGCUGCUGCCCAUGUUUCAAGUACGUAGAGCAGC